UGGACCUCGGUCUUUACAACAGAAUUCUCCGCCCGAAUGGUGAACGUGAUAUGACCACCUCUUUGGUCCUGAAUCCUCGCUGGGCGGACACGGUUAUGUUUGUGUAUGAAAACAACUUGGAUGAGCUGAACAAGAACAUGGAGGGUCUGGUUGGUAGCGGCAAUUUCGCAGCCAACCAGUGCAGGAAUCUCAUGGCUCACUCCGCCUUGGGGGGUCACCCGUCCAGCCUGGUGCACAGCUCCAGCUACUCCGCCGUGGAUGUACCUGGAUCAGGCUCCAGCGAUGCGGGCAAACAGUGCACACCUUGCCCGGGCGUUCCACAAGGCUCGUCCACAGGUCCUUUGCCUUACGGCUACUUCGGCAACGGCUAUUACCCCUGCAGAAUGGGGCGGGGUUCCCUCAAAUCCUGCACCCAGCCGAGUGCACUUAGCUAUUCUGCGGAGAAAUACAUGGACACCCCGGUCUCAUCCGAAGAAUACCCCAGCAGAGCUAAGGAAUUCGCCUUUUACCACGGCUACCCGAGCCCCUACCAGUCUAUGGCCAGCUACCUGGAUGUGUCGGUGGUGCAGACGUUAGGGACGGGAGAGCCGCGCCAUGACACCCUGCUGCCGAUGGACAGCUAUCAGCCCUGGGCUCUGACUAACGGCUGGGGCGGACAGAUGUACUGUUCAAAGGACCAGAGUCAAGCCGGGCAUCUCUGGAAAUCUGCACUAGCAGAUGUAGUGGCUCAUCAACAUGACGGAGGCUCAUUCCGCCGCGGCAGAAAGAAGAGAAUACCCUACACCAAGGUGCAGCUGAAGGAACUGGAGAAAGAGUACGGCGCCAACAAAUUUAUCACAAAGGACAAGAGGAGAAAGAUUUCGGCCGUCACCAACCUGUCCGAGCGGCAGAUCACCAUUUGGUUUCAGAACAGGAGGGUAAAAGAAAAGAAAUUCGUCGCCAAAGUCAAGACCAGCGCGCCGUAAACAGGGGAGGACCGGUGGCCAUUGCGCGUGAGACUCUUUUCUCUUAAUGACUUUGAAGGAGUGACGAAGUGGGGGUAAAGUCACGUUGGUGCUCCUUCGAAUUUGGGCUAAAAAUUGAUAUAUCGAUGCCCUGGUAGAGUAUCAUGGAGAAGAAAGAAUGGAAUAUCGAAAAACCGAGAACCUGUAAAGACUAUGCAGAGGCCUGUACAUACAGCACGUGCCUGUUGUGAUGUAUGACAAUGUUUUCUUCUUAAAUUGUGCUUUAACAUGUAUUUUACAGCAUUUAAAUGUCAUGUAUACGUCCAUUGUUGUUGUUGUUCUUGAUGUAGUAGUGUAGAAAAUAUAUUGUCUGAAUAAUAUGAAUAAUAAUCCUAAUCUAUACUGUUUAUAACGCCUGUAAAACAGUACUAUUACGCAGUGUAUAAUAAAUUGCUUAAUCUCAAGAAAUCUUCAUGCAUUGGGUUUAAAAAGGGGCUUUAGGCCAGCAAUGAAGACUCUGUUUAUAUAAACAUAUCUGAAGGCCCAAUAUGGAGCUGGCUAAAUGUAAGAAUUGUUUGAUAGUCUUGUCGCAUAGGCCUAAGCCCUCAAUCAUCUCUGCUGUUUAGCCUAUAUAGCAUAUACGUGUUUGUACGCAUGGAAAACAUCCUUUCUUUUAUUUUACACAGAAAAUUCACAAAGCACUUAUUGUUUGCAAAGUCAAUCCACACGUUAACUUUUAAAAACAGUGUAGACCAAUUCAUUGUUGCCAAAUGUGAUUACACGUGAACGCUGUGGAGAAAUAGCAAUAUUUUCAAAGUGUUUUAAAAGUAAGCCAUAUUGUCUGUUUAAGGCUGGUUGUAGAACAAUAAAAUGUCAUACUGAUGUAAUUCA